AUGAGCGCACUCGCGGGAGCACCGACGCCGGCGACGACGGCGAAGGCGAGGGUCGCGCCCCGCGCGAGGGUCUCGCGCGCGCGCGCGUUCGUCGCCCGAGACGGUGCCGACUACGAUUUCGAUCGACGCGCCGCGCUGCUCGCGGGCGGGCUCCUCGCGUCGACGCUCGCGCUUCCCGAGCCCGCCGCGCUCGCUGCGUCGACGUCGCUCGCCGAGCGCGUCGAGCGACGAGACUUAUCGAAGCCGGUGUUCAACAAAGCGCGCCCGGGGCCGACGCGCUUCCCGGACUGGCUCGAAGGCACGUGGCGAUGCACGUCCACGUUCGAAGGGUUCGACUUCCCGUCGAAGAACAUCAACAAGAAUGCGCUCCUGAAGGAGCCCACGGUGCCGGGGUUCCAGAAGAUGAGCCUCGUGUACGUCCCAGACGUCGGGACGUCGGACGUGGAGUACCUCGUGCGUUUCGUUCGCGCGAACGACGGCGACGGCGGCGUGUGUGAGGACAGAGUCUUCAAUCUAAAAUCGAUCGUGGACGCGUAUCUCAAGAGACCAGACGCGGUCGAGGCCGUGGAGUACGACGCCGCGUCGGACGCGAACAGGGUGACCGUGCGCCUCGCGCCCGGGGUGUCGAACAACGCGGAGAGGAUCGAACUGUUCAGCAACGCGAGGGAGAGCGAGACGAGAGCGAGUGACGGGACGUUUUUCGCCGCCGAGGCGCUGCGGCAGGUGACGUUGGGAUACUCCAAGGACUACAACAAGGCCAGGGUCGUGAACACGGACUAUCAGCACGUGUGGAGCUACACGCCGACGUACGAGAGCGACGGAUCGAUACGACGCGUGAGGUGCGCGCUGUCCACCGCGGGGUAUAUCCAACCUUCGGACGCGAUGCGACUCACGGCGAUGCCAAACCUAGGAGGCGGCGCUCCGGUGCCGUCGAUGGGGAACAUGGGAAACGCGUCGUUCGAGCCCGCGGUUCUGUACAGUCACACGAUCGUCAUGGAGCGCGUGUGA